GUCGCCGGACAUAUAAAGCGGAAUCGUCCAGCAAUAUUGUCACUCGGGUUUUUGGCUGCAUGCACUCCGUACACUAUCGUUCGUGAUUUCCUAUAGGUUCCAUUAUGCCAUCCUAUAAAGUGGUUUACUUCAACAGUCGCGGCAGGGCGGAACCAAUCCGUCUGAUGCUCGCUCAUGUCGGCCAGAAGUUCGAAGACGUCCGCUACACUCACGAGGAAUGGCCCCAACAUAAAGCAGGGGCUCCGUUGCAGCAGCUGCCCUACCUGGAGGUAGACGGUAAAGCCAUGCCACAGAGCCGGGCCGUUCUUGGGUUUCUGGCCAGGGAGUAUGGCCUGAAUGGUGCUAACAAUGAGGAGACAACCAAAAUCGACAUCAUCAUUGCCAUUAUGGAGGAUCUGACAGAACCACUGGCCAAGAUAUUUUUCCAGGAAAAGGACCCAGCCAAGCAGAAAGAGCUUUUCGCCGUGUACCAAGCUGAAACUGUUCCGAAGUUCUUGGGACCCCUUGAGCACAUGCUGAAGGAAAACAAAGGCGGGGAUGGCUACUUCAUCGGGUCAAAGAUCUCGAGUGCCGACAUCUACUUCUUUGCCUGCGCCGAAUUUUUCAAGGAGGAACAGGGCAUCUUAAAGAAAUACCCAAAGCUCACUGCUCUGAAGGAACGCAUCGCCAAAGACCAAAAGAUCGCUACUUAUCUGGCCAAGCGUCCGAAGACUGAAUGGUAACCGCCGCUUGAAGAGCAGAUGUUGAGGGCCAUGUAGAAAGUUUGGUUUUAGAAGUGAUCUUAUGUCAAAAAGUAGCUUCAAACUAAAAAAAAAAUACUAUGAGCUUAAAACUCAAAUAAACAAGUUUUCGAUAACUGUUUUGUCUCGGCAAAUCAACAUUUAUUGUACUUCACGGUUUACAACGGCA